AUGGAGUACCCUGUCGUGUUCCAUAUGGUCUCUGAUAGCAAAGCAGUUAGUUCCGUGGGUGAUUAUACCGAGGCUGAUGCGAUUGAAUCCAUGAUUCGACCUUGUGGCCCACGAUUGAUCCGCCUGUUCUGGCUUGUAGUGCAGCCUUCGUAUCCUUUGCUCGACAAGAGACGAUUCAUGGAGCUGUACAACAUUUCAUAUAGGAAAAUUGGCGCCGCUCUAUUGGGUGCUGUCUACCUGAAUGCUAUUCAAUGGUGGAACUAUGAUUCUGAAUUGUCCCUUCAGCCUCCCCCAAAUUCUACGCGGUUGCGGAAGUUGACACUAGAUACGAUCAUGAAUGAAUUCCAUCGGCCUCACUUGUCCUCCAUUGAGGCCAUGCUUCUCUACCUUCAGCGAACAGACUAUGAGCCCCUUACUUCGGAUCACACAUUCUCAAGAGGCUUAACGUCGCAGAUGCUUGCCGUUGCGGAGGCCAUUGGACUCCAUGUUGAUGCUUCCGAAUGGACAAUACCAGAAUGGGAACGAGCACAGCGUCGCCGUAUCUCAUGGGCUUUAUACAUGCAAGAGAAGUGGACGGCAAUUUCCUAUGGAAGGCCAUCUCAUAUCUUAGAAGUUAACUGGACUGUCAAAGACCCGUGCUUGCUUGACUUCGAACCUUGUGGUGAGCAAGCAAAUAACACUUUGCAACUGAGUACUAGCUAUGAACAUAUUAGCGGACAGAUCUUUUUACUCAUGUGUAGUCUAUCUCGACCAUGUGAGACGUGCAUUUUGAAUGGAUUCGAAUGUACGUUCCUCAAUCCUCAGAAAAAGCGAGGGCCUCCUGCACACCGGGUAACACAGAUAAAAGAGCGACAAGGUCAAGCCAGGCGGUCAUCUGGCAGUGCGGAUAGUGCUAGCCUCGCCAGUCUUCAUGGCACGAGUGUCUCGGCGACUGUUGAUUUGCCUACUUUUGAUGAUUCACAGACUCCAGGUGAACAGGAUUUUGGGUUUGGCCUGCUUCUCGACAAGAAUGCUACCGAGGCCACUUGGAAUAGUCCUUCUCACCCCGACUCUUGGCUUCCAGACAAUUUCAACUCGCAAACAGGCUCACUCUUUGAUUUUCCAGGAGCAAAUAUAUUUGUAAAGCAGGCACUCCCUCCGAUAAUUGAUGAUGUGAAUCUCAAUUUCGACGAAUCGAUGCCAUUCAUGGGUGGAGAUAUCAAUGCGCAUGACACGCAGAGUGUAAAUUCGAUGGGAGCACCUAACGCUAGCACAUCAAAAACAGAAUUCUGGCCACCAUAUAUUCAAGAAACUAAUCUCAUUCCCUGGAUCGAUGUGUUUUUCGACCGUCUUCAUCCAACGUUACCAGUUUUGGAUAGAUCAUCUUUAUUCACUAGGCUAUUUCAACGGGAGCAUCGCCAAAAUCCUCAAUUUGGUGCCAUGAUUCUGUCGCUCUGCGCCUUUGCACUUACACAACCAAUCGAUAUCAUCGAACGGCCCUCUUCUUCCUCCCGUGCAGACCAUGCGAGAAUGAUGAUGACAGAAGCAACAAAGAUGCAUAGCUCAUCUGACUUUGGAGAGCACCCGACUGUCGAAUCUGUGCUCACCAGUUUCUUCUUAUUUGGCUUCUUGUUUGGUAGUAAUCAACACAAUGCUGCAAGGCUCCGACUUCGCGAGGCCGUUGAUUUGGCAUCGAUAUUGGGGCUGAAUGAUCCAAGCACCUAUACGAAUCACUCUUCUGAGUAUAAGGGGCAGUUGUUGAGAAUAUAUUUGGUGUUAUCGGUGACCGAAAGGGCUUAUGCCCUACAGCGUCGACUCCCAGUCAAUUUUGUCAACCCUCCGUCAAACCCGAUAGGGUCCGUGGACGAAAUGGACAACACUACCCGGCGCCUGGUAUCCGGAAUCAUCGUCCACAACGAAAAAGAUGCCGCCGCCAUGAUGGGACUUACCUUGCUGAUGGAGGUAUUUGAUUCCAUUGAUGAGGCAAUCAUUGUAUGCUGGAACUCGCGUUGCAGCAUAAUCACCACGGGAAAGUGCCAAACACUUAUCGAAUCUAAAGCUAUUAAUAUGUAUCGCAUUCUUGCGCAAGUCAGCAAUGUCAAUCGAUACAUGCAACGCAAGAACAAAGACCAUUUCAUUGUUGAUAGCGACCCCGAUCUGCCAAAACAGAAUGGUGGCGAUAAUACUUCCCAGUCUGUUUCGGAGGAGCUUAACGUUGUCAGAGUCAUGCGAGACUUUCUUUCAGAAACACAAUGCGCAGAUGUGCUGGUCACACAGAAAUGGGUGCUGGAUCGACUGUGGAAUUUAUGCUUUAGUCAUGGACUUCUAAGGCAGCACUCCGAGCAACCAGAGCUAUGCUUCCGCUUUGCCUUCGAUAAUGGAGUGAAGACACUAGAGUUGUGUCGGUCCUUGAGGAUUAGUGCGAUGGAAGCGCACGGAGUUGGUAUUGUGAGUAUUUAA